CGGCGAGCCGGAAGAAGGGCGAGCGAGGGCUGGCGGUCGAGCGGGGCUAGUUGGGUUCUUCGUAGGGGGCCGCCUCUGCGCCGUGGAGAGAUGGCCUUGAGCAGAAAGGAAGUGUUCAUAGAGAGAGUACUGAAACGACUCUAUGCUGAAACUUCACCAUCUUCUCUUGCUCAUACAUCAAGUAGAGAAGAGGAGGCAGUUCCCAGGAAUCUGGGCUCAACAUCCAAUGAAGAGUGUUUGGCUAAUGUUCAGACUGCAGCAGAUGCAAGCACUUCAACUGAUAGACCCUGCAAGUCAUUUCAAGGUAGUGGCAAUACAAUUCUGUCUCCAAGAAGAAUGUACACAGUGAGUCUUCCGCCAGAGGGUUAUGUUGCAGUUACUCCAGACACCACUGGUGUUUCAGUUUCUGAACACUCAAGCAGUAGUGGUGACUCAACAGAGGAGGAAUACCAAGGACAAACCAAGAGAAGGCGCAUUCGAAGGAAGAAACAAAAGAGCAGCUUGCAAAACUGUAAUAAUUUACAUGGAGAACAAAUAGAAUCUGGAAUGCAAGAGAGUCUUGUUCGAGAUAAUUUACAGUUGCAGCAGAUAGACAGUCCCAAAAUAAGUAAAAACAAAAGGAGGAAAAUGAAAAAGAAGCGACGUAAAGAAAAACUGAGAGCAGCUGGCCUGGUAACAAAAACUACCAGUGUGGAUUUUACAUAUCAGCCUGACAAAAACAACAGAGAAGCAGCAGCAGGCUCAAAAGACGUAGAUGAAAAGGCAGAUAGCAUACUGGACUUCCUGCAGACAACACAACAAAUUUAUUUUGCUGACAAUAAAUCAGCAGGCACAGAUUCUGCUGCAAAUUCAGCAGCUGCCCAACAGCUUUUACAGUCUCUUGAAUCCAGCACCAUCUCUUCCUCAGAUGUGGCUCUUCUGCACCAGCUGAAAUCCCUUGUAUUGCUGCAGGAUAUUGACAGACUGAAGGAUGCUUUGAAACAAUUCAAAGAACGAGCCAUGAUGCCUCCUGAUCAGACCGAGAUAGUCACGUCUCUGUUUCACUACUGGAUUACAGAUAUCCUUCCUGUGAAGAGCAGGAAAUAAAGCCUUGCCUGUGUCCGUAUGUGCAGGGUUAAAAUUUAAUGUACAGACUCUUAACCAAGUAGCAAUUGUCGAGGAAGAGCAGUGUCAAUGCACAUUCUACACCUUCAGGUAAAUGAAUUGGUUUUCUGCACUACAAACUCCAGAAGACAAUAAACGGGAUCUUUGUGUUUGGUUGGUCAAAAAUACCC